UGCCCCCGCUGAACUAACAAGAAUGUGUUGCAUACCGGACCUUAGACCACCCGCGCCCGCGCAUCGAUCCUGACGCUCCCUCACGGCACCGUCAACUUGCCCACUUUCAUGCCCGUUGCCACCCAGGCAUCUCUGAAAGGCCUCACGCCCGAGCAGCUCGAGGGGACAGGGUGCCGCCUCUGCCUCAACAACACGUACCACCUCGGCCUCAAGCCGGGCCAGGAAGUGCUGGACGCCGUCGGAGGGGCGCAUAAAUUGCAGGGAUGGAAUCACAAUAUCCUGACAGAUAGCGGCGGUUUCCAGAUGGUGUCCCUGCUGAAGCUGGCCAACGUCACCGAGGAGGGCGUGCGCUUCCUGUCGCCGCACGACGGCAGCCCCAUGCUGCUGACGCCUGAGCACUCGAUAAGCCUGCAGAACUCGAUCGGGUCCGACAUCAUAAUGCAGCUCGACGACGUGCUGGUCACGACGUCGCCCGACGCGGUGCGCAUGCGCGAGGCCAUGGAGCGCAGCGUGCGCUGGCUGGACCGCUGCAUCGCCGCGCACAAGCACCCGGACCGCCAGAACCUGUUCUGCAUCAUCCAGGGCGGCCUGGACCUGGACAUGCGCCGCGAGUGCUGCCGCGAGAUGCUGGCGCGCGACACGCCGGGCAUCGCCAUCGGCGGCCUGAGCGGCGGCGAGGCUAAGGCCGACUUCUGCAAGGUCGUGGCCGCCUGCACCGAGAUGCUGCCGGACCUGAAGCCGCGCUACAUCAUGGGCAUCGGCUACCCGGAGGACCUGAUCGUCAGCGUGGCGCUCGGCGCCGACAUGUUCGACUGCGUGUGGCCCACGCGGACGGCACGCUUUGGCAAUGCCAUCACGAGGCACGGCGUACUCAACAUGAAGAGGGAGAUCUACGCGGCCGACUUUGGGCCGAUCGAGGACGGCUGCGGGUGUCCGUGCUGCCGGCCGGCUGAGAAGGAAGGAGCCAUGGGCAUUACCAGGGCGUUUGUGCACCACAACGCGGCCAAGGAGACGGUGUCGGCGCAUCUGCUGACGCUGCACAAUGUGUGGUAUCAGUUGAAUCUGAUGCGGCAGGCGAGGGAGGCCAUCAUGGAGGACCGAUUCCCGGCGUUUGUGAAGGGGUUCUUUGCGGACUUAUACCCAGAUAGAGCCAGUUACCCGCAGUGGGCCGUCGACGCCUUGAAAGGCGUUGGCAUAGACUUGCUUGAAACGUAGACAUGUUCACCGCAACGUCCAUGGUUCGGGGAUUAUGGCUGACUGAGUGCUGGGGGGUGUGAGACCGAAGACAUGUGUGAGGGUUAGGGUUAUGUCCGAUUCUUGGCG